UCGUUGGAACGAUGGUCGUUUGGUUGCAGAACGCAGCAGGCUACGCCAAAUGGGCACCAACAGAGCCACGUGUCGAUGCCCUGCUCGAAGCAUUCCGGCCCGGGCGGGAAAGGGAUCGUGAUAAAACCGCAUCGAGCGUCCCCAUCCAACCAAGCUGUUCGGCUAGUGCCAGCUCACCGGAGGCGACCGGUUCCGGCAGCAACAACAACAACGAUGUUUCAACUGGUGCCAGUAAGUCUUCGGCAUCGGCCACCGUUUGAAUGCGAAUAUGAAGCGCCGGUCUUAAGGGGUAGCCACAACUAGCACAGCAAUAAUUUCAUCCGAGCACAGAGCCUUGCAUUCGACUAGAUUCAGAUUUAGCUUUGCACUUGUCAGAGAGAGGACAGCGCAGAACCCUUUCAUCGACGCUUUCUGGUCAACGUUUUUCUCCGUACAGAUCCGAUAAUUCGGAUUAGCAGUUUCGUAUCCCCCUAGAAGCAAAUAGUUAAGUCAAGUGUGGCAUGCGAUGUCAUACCAUAGUACAAGAGAAGAAGAGAAAAGAGUCAUCUUCAGGUCGGCAAUCAGCGAAAUUCAUUAUGUAAAAGAAGCUCUCAGAAAUGGAACUGACUUGGAGCCAAGCUGCAAGCUGUGGGAGCCAUUCGGCGGCGAAUUAUAAACUAGACUUUAAACGGGUCGUGUUGGUGUCUGGAUCGCGAUCGAUCGUGAAUACACCAUCGAGCGAAGGCCGAAGUCGAACCAUUCAUCGUGUAAAAAAAAAAAUGUUACGCAAUACAUCUAACAUUGUCGUCUCUAGAGUUCAGAGUUAAAGUGUAUAGGAAAAUAUAUAAAAACCCAAUAAAUGUACAUUUCUUUGUUUGGCCUUGGUUCGAUGGUUCGACGAUCUCCGGCACCGGUCUGUUAGGCACUUUGCUUUCGUACGAAGCUAUUAGUUCGUAAAGUGGCAACACGUGUACCUACCUAGCGCGCACGGGGAUGUCUGCGUACUGUGGCAGUUAUUAGAGAGUUUUUAUUCCAUUUUAUUUUUUGCUAAUUUUAUGCUCAAUACGUAAACUAGCGAGUAAAAGAGUAGCUUCCUCUUUAUUUGUUUUUAGUAAAAUAAUCUACCGUACGGUUACUAGGGCGUAGUCUGUAAGAUCGUUAUGAUGAUCGAUUUAAUGGAAAAUGAGACACAGGAAGAACAAGCAAACGACCCUGAAUCUUGUUCGUUGUAGCGCUCGACGGGUCGGCCGUCGCUCACUUGCGUUGUUUGCGAAGCCUGGGAGAGCCAGCCAUCGUUAAACGGAGUGGGAGCUGGCCGACCUGCUGCAGCCAGUAAAAUUUAAUGCACUAAAAUAAACAUUUAUUGGUAAAAACUCA